UGGCUCAGGGUAGCAGGCAAGGUGAGAAACGGCGCAAUCGUAUUAGUAGGCACCAUCCUUUGCACGGCAUGAUGGAUGAUGCCGGCACAUGUGGUCGCGACGAAAACGAGGUGAGCCCGGAGGUCGAAUUGGACGAGGAGUCUUUUUCGGAUCAGAGGCUUGACGAUCUCGCACACGGCGGCCUGCGGCGAUCCCAGGCGCAGCUCAUCAUCCCCCGGACGAUCUCGGAGUACUUCGAAUGCUGCAGAUAUUCUCGAUGUCAUUCCGAGGGGCUCCUCCUCGCCGCCAGCCAGCCCACGGGUGAGCUGGUGCACGCCCGCCGACUGGUUCCACGAGCCCUCUCGGAGGGCCUGCUGGCUGGGCGCCUGAUCAUGAUGGCGUCCAGUAUGCGACGAGGUGGUGCCGAAGGGGAUGCAGACUGCGUGUCUCGAGGAUCUGCUGAGCCAGCAGCGCCUCCUCCACGAUUUCCAGCCGAGGACCUCGAGCAGGACAUGCUGCUGGAGGGCAGGAUAGUUCGCAUUGCCAACAUUGGGCUUUACAUAGACGUGGGGGCCACGCUGCUGGGGCUCUUGCGCUGCCUGCUGCUUCCCCGGCGGCGUCUUCAGCGUGCAUGUGGCCUGCGCAGGUCUUGUCGAACCUGGUCGUCCAGCAGGUUGCCAACAAGAGGCACUUCCGCCUCGGCCUGCAGACGGUUGGGGAGGACGACCAAACCUUCCAGGACGUCGCCUACCUGGACUGCCUGCGCCGCAUCUGCGCGUGGGCGGGGGUGCCGGUGCCCGCCGACAGCGAGCCGGCUGCCGCGAGCAGGGGCGACGCCGACCAAGGUGGAGGGCGACGACCUGGACAACGCGGCUUGGUGGAUUCUCCGUCCGACGAUGAUUGGCGGCAGUCCAGCACCAUGGCGCUACGUACGUAACAUUUAUUUUGGUUCUGUGCUGAUCAGCAUGACACUUGGGCAGCAUGACGCCAUUGAGCAUGACAGGUGGCAGUCCAGCAGCCUGACAGUAUUGUGCGUCGACUCGCAGUGUAUGCCGUCGUCUUUGCGACCUUUCGAUCGCAACCGCAGUAUCGUUUGCGAUUUGUCGUUUUGCCCGGAAGGGACUGACGGCGCAUCUGAUGCGUGUUCUUUCACAGCUUACUGAGUGAAGCUAGAGUAUUGGACGGUCUGCCAGUGAGUUCGGGAAGUCUUGUGAUGUAUGCAUGUGUGUUGCUCACUCUUUUCAGCCCCAUGCGCCGAUAGCUUGCCUUCUUCGUUGCGAUCCCUCGCUUCUUCGGCUCAAGUGUUAGCUUGCUUGCGCAUCGCCAUUGCGUACCAUGCAGUUAUAGAAGGCAACCCCGAAGGAUCACCGCCACCCCUUACUGCCGAAGAUCCAGAUUUGAGCGUAUGGGUGCCUCUUGGCGUCUCGUGGGCUGCUCUUUGGGAGCAUCUUCGCCUUCAGGGUCGCUCCUCGCAUCUCGAACAGUUGCAGGGGCUAAGUUCAAUUUUUGUGUGUGAAUUCUAGGCUCGGGGAACUCUGUAGUUAUAAUUCCUGACUGCCGAGUUGCUCGUUAGCUGAAUUGUUGCAUAAUGCUGACCAUGUUCAGAGGUACGAGGCAGCUAAGACCAAACUGCUUCACUGAGUUGAAAACCUGAGCCAUGCAGCCUGGUGGCCUCGACAAGGGGGAGGGCGGCGCUUUUUUUUCCGCUGCGGCGCCGGCGUGGUCUGCGGCUGAUUCGCGCCAGCGUUGUUUGAUGGCCGAUCCUCGCUUCAGCUCUGAAGUGUAGAGGAUGAGAGCACGAUGCUUCUUGCCGAAGUGCAUUCUGGUUUUCCUUGUCAAGGGCGCGGCGGGUGCAGGCAUUCGAGCCGCCACACCACGCGUUCACAUGGUGUCGUUUGGCACGCAGAUGUAUCUUGACCGCUUGGCUGAUUCGGUGUCAGCGAAGGAAAUGUACGCAAAGCAUUGGGGUUACACUUGGACUCUCUUUUCGGAAGACUCUUUGAACUGUUCCAAAUUUCGAGCGCAUCGCUGGAGAGGGGAUUACCGGUAUUGUAAGCUCCAGGCGCUUUCGGAUGUGUGGAAAACCGUAGUGCAACUCCAGAAUUCGACAAACAGCGAGCAGGAUUAUUUGUUUUGGCACGAUUUGGACACGCACAUUAUGCGCCCGCAGAGGCCGCUAACUUUUUUCAUUGAGGCCGCAGAGGGUGCCCCAGUAAUUUUUACUGACAAUGCGCUUUCCUUGAACAAUGGUGUGUUCUUCUUGCAGGUUUCCCAAGCUGGGCGCAGAUUUUACAAACACUGGAAGAAGCAUUGUCGUACGGGGGAGUGGCCUUGGGCAGACAAUGGAUGCAUGUACGAGGCCCUCUUGACACUUCUAGGUGGUGAGCAAUACACUGGCCGCUGCAGUACGUACCGCAAGCGGGACUUCGACAAAGAUAGCCCCGAGCCCCCGACUGGGCCGCAGCUCAUGCGAUGCUUCAAUGAGGAGAUGAAGACUCUUGGCAUGGGCUGUUGUGGUGGAAGUAGGCUCAUCGAUGGUUUCAGGUUUCUGACUGGGCCUGAGAACUCGUUCAACCACCAUCCCUGCAGCGAGCUACUGACGUCUCGUGAGUUUGUGAAUGAAUCUCGCGCGUUGAUACAAGAUCAUUGCUUCACAGAAGGUAUGUUCAUGGUCCAUACAAAGAACACGUCUUACGGAGAAGUGUCUGUGCGGAGGACGGUGGCAUUUACCAGAGGCUCACAAGUGGAACUUUGAAGUGCAAUUCGAGCUGGGGCCAUAUGCGCAGAUUCGCAUCACAUCCUGACGCUUGCCCAACGGGUAUGUCCCAGGAGGAUGCUCCUGGGCCAUCCUUCUUUCACUUUUUUUUGUACAGUUCCGUACGGCGACCAACGCACGCUUGUCAUAAUCAAAGGCGACACGUACACCGGAGCAGAUGAAGGAUUUUCAUUGCAAGCAUGCUCUGCGCUGGCAGCCAAAGCCGCCUUUCUCGUGCUGAACGUCGGGAUUCUUCGCCGCUCCUGCACCCCGCUCUCACGGCCCACGGAUCCGAGGGCGGCGCGCCGUGGCCCCCCCCCCCCGGGGAGCGCCUCCGACCGCUCAGCUCCUGGUGGACUGGGACUGGCUGUGCUCGCGAAUCGCC